AUGGAGGAGGAUCAGGCGUGGGACACCCACGGCCUGCUCCCCCUGGAGAAGCAGCUGCACCAGGCCGCCCGCCAGAACCACAUCGAGAGGAUGAAGGAGCUGAUGGAGAAGAGGGUUAAUGUCAGGGCCAGAAACCACGUGGGCCGGGUGGCCCUGCACUGGGCCGCAGGCUCUGGGCAUGAGCAGGCGGUACGGCUGCUCCUGGAGCAUAAGGCUGCUGUGGACGACGAGGAUUCGUUCGGGAUGAAUGCUCUUCUCCUGUCCGCCUGGUUUGGCCACCUGCCGGUCCUGCAGGUCCUGGUCAACGCUGGGGCCAAGAUCCACUGUGAGAACAAGGAUGGCCUGACUUUACUACACUGUGCAGCCCAGAGAGGUCACGUGCCUGUGCUGGUGUUCAUAAUGGAAGACCUGGAAGAUGUGGCCCUGGACCAGGCAGAUAAGCUGGGAAGGACGGCGUUUCACAGAGCUGCUGAGCACGGACAGCUGGACGCACUGGACUUCCUUGUGGGCUCUGGCUGUGAUCACACUGUCAAGGAUAAGGAGGGGAACACAGCCCUUCACCUGGCCGCUGGGCGGGGCCACGCAGCUGUGGUGCAGCGGCUCGUGGACAUCGGGCUGGACUUGGAGGAGCAGACCGUGGAAGGCCUCACGGCCCUGCACUCGGCUGCUGAAGGAAUCCACCCGGACUGUGUGCAAGUCCUCCUCAGAGCCGGGAGCAGCGUGAAUGCCCUCACCCAGAAAAAGCGGAGCUGCCUUCACUACGCGGCCCUCAGUGGCUCUGAGGACGUGUCCUGUGCCCUCGUUAGGGCAGGAGGCUGCGUUAAUGUGGCUGAUCAUCGGCAACAGACGCCCCUCCACCUGGCCGCGGAGCAUGCCUUCCAGGAUGUAGCAGAGAUGCUCCUGGUCGCUGGGGUUGACCUCAAUCUGAAAGAUAAGCAAGGAAAAACCGCCCUGGCAGUGGCCGCCCGCAGCAACCACGUGGGCUUGGUGGACAUGAUCAUAAAAGCCGAUCGUUUUUACAGAUGGCAGAAGGAUCACCUCUCCUGCAGGGACCCCAGCCAGCCCCCCAGGAAGAGCGUGACCUUCAAGCAGGACCACCGGCCCGAAACGCAGCCGCUCCGCACUCUGCUUUGGAACCUCGCCUCCAAUUGCCUGCGGCCCCACGAGUGGAAGAGGCUGGCGGAUUCCUGGCGCUUCACCGAGGCCCACGUCUCCGCCAUUGAGCAACAGUGGACAGGACCCCGGAGCUACCAGGAGCACGGUCACCGCAUGCUGCUGAUCUGGCUGCACGGCGUGGACACGGCGGGCGAGGAUCCCAGCAAAGCCCUGUUUGAGGGGCUGGCGGCUAUUGGCAAGAGGGACCUGGCCGGUAAGCGCUCCCCCUGCUGGGCACCUGUGGGAAUGACAGGGCCCCGCCGCAUGGUGUACUGGCGCCGCCAGUGUGGUGUGUGA